AUGCCUAUCGCAAACGGAGAUGUCGCCGGCAAUGGCCUUUCAGUCCACGGCAACGUCGAAAAACUCGACUACCGCAAGGCCGUUGAAGUCCUCAAAUCCGAGUAUCAGUCUCAAAAGGACGGCCUCGAUGUUCAUACUCUCCUGGAUUCGGCCAAAAAUGGGGCUCUGACAUAUAAUGACUUCCUUAUUCUGCCGGGAUACAUUGGCUUCGCUGCUUCCGAAGUGACUCUCGAUUCCCCAGUGACCAAGCGCAUCACGCUCAAAACUCCGCUCCUCUCCUCUCCUAUGGACACCGUAACAGAAGAUUCUAUGGCCAUUCACAUGGCCCUACUGGGAGGACUCGGGGUCAUUCAUCACAAUUGUACCGCCGAUGACCAGGCAGACAUGGUUCGCAAGGUUAAGAGAUACGAGAACGGUUUCAUCUCCGAGCCCGUCGUCCUCUCUCCGAAGACCACUGUCGGAGAAGCAAAGGCGCUGAAAGAAAAAUGGGGGUUUGGAGGCUUUCCAGUUACCGAAAACGGCCAGCUCAAGUCCAAGCUGAUUGGCAUUGUUACAACUCGAGAUAUUCAGUUCCAUCCUCGAUCCGAUGACCUGGUCACGGAGGUCAUGUCGAAGGACUUGAUCACUGCGCCUGCUGGCACCACUCUGGCCGAGGCCAACGCAGUCCUUCGCGAUUCGAGAAAGGGCAAGCUGCCCAUCGUCGAUACCAACGGUAAUCUUGUUUCUCUACUCUCACGCUCAGAUCUUCUUAAAAACCUCAACUUCCCCCUGGCCUCAAAGCUGCCUCAUUCGAAACAGCUCAUUGCUGCAGCGGCUAUUGGAACUAGGCCAGAUGACAAGAUCAGACUGCAGAAACUGGUCGACGCCGGCCUUGACAUUGUGGUCCUCGACAGCAGCCAAGGAAACAGUAUCUACCAGAUUGAAAUGGUCAAAUACGUCAAGGAGAAAUAUCCGGAACUCGAUGUCAUUGCUGGAAAUGUAGUGACUCGCGAACAAGCAGCAAACCUCAUUGCUGCAGGUGCCGAUGGCCUGAGAAUUGGCAUGGGUAGCGGCAGUGCAUGCAUUACCCAAGAAGUCAUGGCUGUCGGCCGUCCUCAGGCAGCCUCGGUCUUCGCUGUGACCUCUUUUGCAUCCCGCUUUGGAGUUCCCUGCAUUGCUGACGGUGGUAUCCAAAACGUUGGUCAUAUCGUCAAGGGGCUCGCCAUAGGUGCGUCUACUAUCAUGAUGGGCGGCCUCCUUGCCGGGACCACCGAGUCCCCCGGCAACUACUUCGUCAGCCGUGAAGGUAAGCUCGUCAAGGCUUACCGGGGAAUGGGAAGUAUCGAUGCCAUGGAAGACAGGAAGGCCGGCGGUGGAGCCAAGAAUUCCAAGGGCAGUAAUGCCGGCACUGCAAGAUACUUCUCAGAGGGUGACAGCCUGUUGGUUGCUCAGGGCGUGUCUGGUGCAGUACCCGAUCGAGGCACAGUGACCAAGUUUGUCCCCUACUUGCUGGCCGGACUCCAGCACUCUCUCCAGGACAUCGGGGCAAAGAGUCUAAUCGAACUUCGCGAGAAGGUCUUGAGCGGCGACGUUCGCUUCGAGCUCCGAUCAGUCAGUGCCCAAGCGGAAGGCAACGUUCACGGUCUUGACAGUUUCGACAAGAAACUCUAUGCUUGA